AUGUGGCUCAAUAAGAAAGAAAAAACCAAGAAGAAAAGCGGCGUGGAUUUUCCUUUCCUGGGAAACGAUGAUGAACCAAUUAAAAUUGAUGAGGCCGAACUGGAAAAUGAACUCAUGGAUAUACUUGGUGAAGAUAGUCGACCCAGCAACCAGACUAACAGAUCGGGUCCAAAGGCGAGGGCGGUGAGAGAUACUCCAAAAAAUUUAUUGAAAGGUCUCGCUUUGGAUGAAGACACAAGUGAUGCAGUGGAGUUUGACGAAAACGAUCCCGAUUUGUUGGCUGAGUUGGCUGAGUUUGUCGCGGAGGAAGAGGAAGACAAAUGUUCCCCCGCCCGAACCACAGAAGUCCAUCAGAGUGUGGCACAGAAACGACAGGAACCGAGUGGUGUUACUCUAUCUGAGAUAAAUGAGAGGCUGAAUGCAUAUCGCACGGCUCUGGAAAACUUGAAGAAGCAUGAACCGCCGGAUGCGGGGAAGAUCCGACGGUACGGUCGAUCCAUACAAGUGCUUGAAGGUUACGCGUCGGAUUUGGCAAAGGGCAAAUCAGUCUCUCCAGACGAUUUUCCUCCUCCACCACCCGUCUCGUUGUUGGUUGAAAGGAAAAAAGAAGAGCCUUCGACGGGUAACUGUUCAAAGGUUGAUUUAACCCCUCUGAAAAACCGUCUUCAGGAGUACAAGGUAAGUAUAUGCAACCUAAUCAAACCUUUAAUAAACCGUUUUUUGUAUCAUUGA